ACCCAGUUCACCGUCGCACCACGUACUUCCGUCCAGCACGUUCCUUCCUCCUCAUCAAAGUUGACAGUUAACACACAAGUUGGUAAAGUUGACUUUGUCGGACUUAAGAGACACUUGACGCCGCCGGUGACUGACAUUUAUCAGGAUGAUUGCACUGACAAUGAUAGCUCGUGUGUCGGACGGACUCCCGCUUGCUGCGUCCAUAGAGGAGGAUGAACAGUCAGGAAGAGACCUCCAGCAGUACCAGAGCCAGGCCAAGCAGCUUUGCCGUAAACUGAACGCUCAGAGUCCAGACCGCUGCACCCUGGAGGCUGGAGACAUGGACUUUCACUAUUUAAUAGCACAGGGCAUAUGCUACCUGUGCCUCUGUGAGGCUUCAUUCCCCAAAAAGAUUGCCUUUGCCUACCUUGAAGAUCUCCACAAUGAGUUCUAUGACCAGUAUGGAAGAAAAGUAAACACAGCGAUGAGGCCGUACUCUUUCAUCGAGUUUGACACGUACAUACAGAAAACAAAGAAGACAUAUGUCGACAGCAGAGCCAGGAGGAACUUGGGCAGUAUCAACACAGAGCUGCAUGAUGUACAGAGAAUUAUGGUGGCAAAUAUUGAGGAAGUUCUGCAAAGAGGAGAGGCUCUUUCUGUUCUAGACACUAAAGCCAGCAAUCUGUCAACCCUGUCAAAGAAGUACCGCAGCGAUGCCAAGUACCUCAACACCCGCUCUGCGUACGCCAAGGUGGCUGCUGUGGCCGUGUUCUUCAUCACACUCAUCAUUUACUUGCGUUUUUGGUGGCUCUGAUGGACCUUCAUAUAAGGACUGUUACAAUUGGGGGCAGGUGUGGGGUCUCUGUGGAAAUCAAGCAUUAAAACCGAUCCUGUCAUACACCUGGGUGCCUUAGGAGGAGGGUCAUAUACAGCCUGUUCAUGUUGAGGGUAAAUGUUCUAUAUUAUGCUGUAUUCAGGUUUAAAAAAAGGGCCACAUAUAGUUUAAACUGAGCCACUAAUAUGAGAUGUAACUUCUCUAUGUGAAUGCUUUAUGGUGAGUUCAUGUUUACUGGAAUAUUCGGAGAUGCGAGUUUACAAAAAUAAUGUUUACAUGUUGGUAUAGGGGUUUCAGUGUUGGAUAAAACUGUAAAAAGUCUUAAUAUUGUGAUAAAGGAAGGUUUAUUGUUCAGAGUUUGCACUGUAAAGGUCAUUGGAAAAAAUAAAUAUUUAUCAGUGUGUCAGUUUCA